GAUGCCCGAGAACAGCUCCUUCUCCAACUGCUGCGAGCCCGGCGGGCGGGCAGUGCGCCCGGGCUGGCCCGGGGCUGGCGGCGAGCGGCCCUCCGGCACCCCCCGGCCUCCCUGGGUGGCGCCCGCGCUGGCCGCCGUGCUUAUCGUCACCACCGCGGUGGACAUCGUGGGCAACCUCCUGGUCAUCCUCUCGGUGCUCAGGAACCGCAAGCUCCGGAACGCAGGUAAUUUGUUCCUGGUGAGUCUGGCAUUGGCUGACCUGGUGGUGGCCUUGUACCCCUACCCCCUAAUUCUUGUGGCCAUCUUCCAUGAUGGCUGGGCCCUGGGGGAAGUGCAUUGCAAGGCCAGCGCCUUCGUGAUGGGCCUGAGUGUCAUCGGCUCCGUCUUCAACAUCACCGCCAUUGCCAUUAACCGCUACUGCUACGUCUGCCACAGUGUGGCCUACCACCGGAUCUGCCGGCACUGGCACACCCCCCUCUACAUCUGCCUCGUCUGGCUGCUCACUGUGGUGGCUCUGGUGCCCAACUUCUCUGUGGGGUCCCUGGAAUACGACCCGCGCAUCUACUCCUGCACCUUCAUCCAGACAGCCAGCGCUGAGUACACGGCUGCAGUGGUGGUCAUCCACUUCUUCCUCCCCAUCGCCGUCGUGUCCUUCUGUUACCUGCGCAUCUGGGUGCUGGUGCUCCAGGCUCGCAGGAAGGUCAAGUCAGAGAACAAGCUGCGCCUGAGGUCCAGUGACGUCCGGAGCUUUCUAACCAUGUUCCUGGUGUUUGUGAUCUUUGCCAUCUGCUGGGCCCCACUCAACUGUAUUGGCCUCGCUGUGGCCAUCAACCCAGAAGAAAUGGCUCCCCAGGUCCCAGAGGGGCUCUUUGUCACUAGCUACUUACUGGCUUAUUUCAAUAGCUGCCUUAAUGCCAUCGUCUAUGGGCUGCUGAACCAGAACUUCCGCAAGGAAUACAAGAACAUUGUCUCAGCCUUCUGGAAACCACGGCACUGCUUUCAGGACACCUCCAAGGGGACCCAGGCUGAGGGGCAGCAGAACCAAGCUCCACCUGUUGUUAAUGCCCUACACCCCAUCCAGGCAGACGCUCUGGAGCCUGAACAAACUCAUGAAAUGGUGGGAGUGAGUCUGCUCCAAGGGUGAGGUCAAGUGGCCUGCUGGGCCAUGCUGUCCUGUUUGCAUGACACUACACGGCACGUGGAACUUCAUCCUGUGGACCAGAAGCACAUUAGCACCUUUGGUUCCUGCUGGUCAGGGGAAUGCCUACAGGUACUGGCUGCCACAUCCUAGUGAGCCUGGCACUGGACCAGGCAGACACUCUCCCAGUGGUGCACUGGGGGCUUGGUAUAUGCAAGGACUGAGGAAGGAACAGGAUAAGAAAAGGCCUGGGCAGAAAAGGGCAGUUCUUUUCAUGGGCUGCCCUCUCAUCCUCGUGCUUUGGCCUCCUUGCUGCUUUCUUUCUUUCCCCCGAGGGGCGGCAGGAAUGGAUUUCUUCCUGUUAGCAAGGAUGAAAGCGCAAGCUCUUCA